AAACAACAAAAUGACCCACCAUUUUCCUCUCACUUACAUAUAUCAAUCCACACAGCUUACCUCUUCAAGUUCAAUGGCGCCCAUUUCCAACUCAAAUUCCAACACAAAAAGACCUUCAUCGCAAUUUCUCAACAUGGCAGUCCCCAUUUUGGACGACGAUGAUGAUUUUCAAGAUUGCCCUUCUCCCUUGUUCUCCACCGCCUCCAGAAAGACCAGCUCACAACCCUCGCGCCUGAAGCCACUUGCUUCAACCACCCAGCGUCCUUCCGAGAAGCCGAGAAAACGAAAAUUCGUCAAUCUUGGAAAGGAAAAUCACCCAUUCGGCGUGGCGGAGGCGGAUUUGGUUGGUGGAUUGGACUCAAUCGAACCAACCCUCGAUUUGCUGAACCCCAAUGGGAAUAGUGAUUAUUUACUAUGUAAAAGCUCAGUGGAGCCGGCACUGUUGAGGCCAUGCGGGGAUGAUGGGGAACGAAAUUGCAAUGAGGAGUUUUCGGAGGAAAACUCUGAACUCGAUGUGCUGCUCAAUCUAUGUGCUGACGUGGACGAGCAGAACGAUGGUGAUGGUACCGAUUUGGAAGAGAAAUGUGUGGGUUUAAUAUGUUGUCCUGUUUGUGGAGCUGAUAUUUCGGAGUUGAGUGAUGAUAUGAAGCAGGUUCACACUAACGAGUGCCUCGAUUUGGUGAAGGAUCCAUCUGAAGUGGCUGCCGCCACUGAUGAUAGGGGAGAAAAUCAAUGUCCUGGGCAGGUCGUUGAUGGCUCUCCUAAUAAACUUGCAACAAAGUCUGUUGAUGUAUCCCGAGUUGUAGAAUGGCUGCGUGAUUUGGGCCUUGGAAAGUAUGAAGAUUUUUUCAUAAAGCAAGAGAUUGAUUGGGAUGCAUUGCAGUGGUUGACAGAAGAGGAUCUAUGUAAUAUUGGUAUUACAGCACUAGGCCCUAGAAAAAAAAUUCUUAAUUCUCUUCGAAAGACAAGAAACGAUUUGAGCGGGGCAACUGAACCUAAGACAGCUGCCUCAAGAGUUUUGGCUGACGAGACUAAACUAGCAACAAACAAGUUGAUCACUGAUUACUUUUCAAGUCCUCCCUCAAACCAAAAAAGUGGUGUUGUUACCAAGAAUUGCCAAAAUAAUGUCAGACAAAACAGAAAAAAUUCUACUGGCAGGAGCACUGAAGGAAAAGACAGUUUGAGGAAUAGGAAACAGAAAGAUGCCCCUAGGUGGUGUUGCAUACCGGGAACUCCAUUUCGAGUGGAUUCAUUUAAACACCUAAGAAGAGAGUGUUCUCAUUGGUUUCUCAGCCACUUCCAUUUUGAUCCUACACUUUUGGAAGAUGCCACUAUUGUGUUAAGUUCUUCCGAAGGAGACUAUCAAGGGCUUACAAAGUCCUUUUGUCAUGGGAUGAUAUAUUGUUCCUUAAUAACAGCGAAGCUAGUCAAUCUGAAGAUUGGAAUCCCCUGGGAUAAAAUUCAAGUUUUGCCUCUGAACCAAAAGAUUAGUAUUGCAGGAACUGAUGUGACAUGCUUUGAUGCAAAUCAUUGCCCUGGUGCAAUCAUACUCUUAUUUGAACCACCCAAUGGUAAGCCUGUGUUACACACUGGAGAUUUCAGAUUUUGUGAGGAAAUGAAAGAACUGUCUAUUUUGCAAACAUGUUCAAUCUACACCCUCAUCCUUGACACAACCUACUGUAGUCCCCAGUAUGACUUCCCAAAACAGGAAGCUAUAAUCCAAUUUGUUAUCGAAGCCAUUCAAGCUGAAGCUUUCAACCCAAAAACUUUAUUUUUGAUUGGCAGCUAUACCAUUGGUAAAGAAAGAGUGUUUGUAGAGGUUGCCAAAGCUCUCCGUAAGAAAAUCUAUGUCACUAGAGCAAAACUACGCAUCUUGGAAUGUCUGGGUUUGCAACAGGAAGACAUGCAAUGGUUCACGUUAAAUGAGCAAGAGAGCCAUAUCCAUGUUGUUCCCAUGUGGGCUAUUGGUAGUUUCAAAAGACUGCAACAUAUGUCUGACCAGUACAAGGGUCGAUUUAAUUUGAUUGUUUCUUUCUCACCAACUGGUUGGUCAUUCGUGAAAGGAAAGAAGUCUACUGGAAAAAGAUGGCAGAAGGGAACAAUUAUACGGUAUGAGGUACCGUACAGCGAGCAUAGCAGCUUUACGGAGCUUAAGGAGUUUGUUAAGUUCAUAUCGCCAGUAAACAUUAUACCAAGUGUCAAUAAUCAUGGCCCAGAUUCUCAUAAUGCAAUGGUUUCCCAACUCUUGUCUUGAUGGAGAUAGUCUGUUGAAUUUUCUCCCUCUUCUUAACUUACCAUAAGCAAACCUGUGAUGUUGGCUGUAUUAGUAUUUGUAAUUUAUUCUAUAACCAUGAAAAAUACAUGGUAGUAAUUUAUUGAAAAAACUUUUAGAUGAUAAUAGAUAAGUAGAUUCACUGAAAAAGAAAGGGGAAAUACUCCAAUUCCUUAUUUCCUUAUAUGCAGUUUAAUGUCUGUGCCCAACUUUGGUGUACUUUUUCCUCUGUUGUCAACUGUAUAAUAUAUUUAGCAAAUAGACUAGCUUAGACGUAGACUUUUUCAAUGAUUAUUAUUUAUUUUUUCAAUUAUGAAGAUACCGUCCAAUUUCUGUAACUGUACCUAACCAUGGGCUUUUCGAGCUAUGAAAAUAUAUUUGUUUUUUUCUGGCUCCUCGUUCAGGAAAGAACCUUAUAACA